UGUUCCCUGAGUUCGCGUAUGAAAACAAUAAACAACUCGAGAACGAGAGCGGAACGGUUGAAGACCUGUCGCUUGGUUUCGACAAAAAAUAUAUUAAAUAAACGAACCGAAGCGAACAAAGAAUAGAAGACAUCGUCAUUUUAGGCGGACUUGGACCUGUUCUGUCCCUGACACGAAACCUUUCCGAAUUUAUGUCAAGCUGGGAGAGUUGACCGUUUUUACCCCCUUCCGUAGCCCCCUCUUUCCCCUUCCCUUUGCUCGUUCUUCACUUGCACACGGUUGUUUGUUAUGCGGUUACCGGAGAAUCGCUCCAUUUUUCGUCUUCCUCCGCCACCUAUUUACUCCCUUACCCCCAUCUCUCUGGCCCCAUGUCCCGCUGGCUCUUCCCUUGGUCCGGCUCAAUCAAGAAGCGGGCCUGUCGGUACCUUCUACAACACUACCUCGGCCACUUCCUCCAGGAACGACUGAGUUUGGAACAACUGAGUUUAGACUUGUACAACGGCAGCGGGGUCAUCCGAGACAUUAAACUCGAUGUCUGGUCAGUGAAUGAGCUUCUGGAGUCAGUUGGGGCUCCUCUGGAGAUAGUGGAUGGCUUUGUAAGCAGCAUCGCAGUGACCAUCCCCUGGGCGGCUCUCGUCAAUGACCACUGCACCCUCGUUGUCACCGGCCUACAGCUGACAUGCAGGCCAAAGUACAGGACCAGUGGGAGCUGGGACUCUCAGGGCCUAGCCUCAUGUAUGACCUCCAGCAUGCAGCUGGCCCAGGAAUGCCUGAAGGACCCCCCUGAGGCAUCUGAGGAGCCGCCUGCUCCUCUGGAGGGGUUGGAAAUGUUUGCACAAACCAUAGAGACUGUGCUGCGUCGAAUCAAAGUUACCUUCCUGGACAUCAUUGUCCGAAUUGAACACCAGCCCCUGGAUUCUGAUACCGGCAUUGCCUUGGAGGUGCACAUUAAACGGCUGGAUUACUGUGACGAGGCGGUCAGAGACUCCAGCCAGACAGUGCCUGUGGACAUUCACCAGCCCCCCGCCUUCCUGCACAAGAUCCUCCAGCUCACCGCUGUCCAGCUGCUAUACGAGAGCACAGGAAGUCCUCAGGAUGGCCCCAGCAGCGAGAGCGAGGGGUCCCCCCCUGCGGACGCCCCCGCGGCCCCCAGGCCUCCGCAGCACCCCCCGCUGAUCGGGAGCUGCUCGGGCUUCAUGGAGACCACUGUGAAGAUCAAGCAGAACGAGGCGCUGCCCGGGCCCAAGUUGGAGCUUGAUGGGAAGGUUGGCUGUCUCCACCUGCUGCUCUCUCCAGACCAGAUCACUCACCUUAUGGACCUGCUGUCAGCGCUCUGCAUCGACACGGAGCCGAGUGGUGGGGAGCGGGGCCACAGUCGGCCCCUGGGCUCAGAGGACCUGCGGCUGAUCGAGGAGGACCUGAGCAAGCAGCUGAGCUCCGACCUCACCGACAGGGACGAGGAGAGGGAGGGAGAGGAGGAGCCGGAGGAGGACCUCUUCCUGAGCGGCCUGGAGAACGGAGAGAUGUUCUACUCCAUGGGUGCGGGGAUGAGCAGCAGUAUGAUGUCGGGGCGCUCGGGCAGUGAGCUGUCAGACAGCGACAUGGAGUCAUCUGGGCACAGCCUGCACAGCCUGGGCCCUGGGUUAAUGAUGAACUGUCCCAGACGCUACCCUGUACCAGGAUCCCUUUCCAGUCUUCCUCAGAGCACCAGGACCCCAGGUCGCUCUUCACAGCGCGCCCAAUCGGAUCCCCUCAAGCCCGACGCCUUUCUCCGCCUCUCCCUGGGCGGGGUCACCCUGACGCUGCUGGAGCAGGAGCCCGCCGCCGGUCCCCCCGGGUCGCCGGGCCCCCCCGGGGCGCCCCCCCUGGCCGAGGUGUCGCGCGUGUUUUUCCGGGAGCUGGCCUACUUCAAGGACAGCAUGUUCAGCGGCAGGGACUUGGCGCAGCUGAGGGAGGGCUUCGCCAAGGCCUGCCCGCACUCCAACCUCAGACUGACAGGUGCUGCGGUCCAGGUGUCGUAUGAGAUAAAGAGCGGAGGGCGCCGUGCGCGGGAGGUGACCUCUGACCUCUCCUUCAGCCAGCUGGAGCUGCUCGAGUGCCUGUGGGGGUCAGGGACACCCCAGUACACUGAGUUGCUGCAUUUUCAGAAUGCUGGCUCUUUCACUCUGGGAUCUGCAGUCCGGCCCUGUGCUCAGCUGCAUUACAGCCUGACUGAGAGACAUCAUCGCAAGAGCAGUGCUAAGCAGCGCGUGAUGCGCAGGGACAGUGCCGUGCGGGUGGAGCUGGGGGAGCUGAGCACAGAGGUGGACCUGGACGUGCUGAACAGACUGGACCUGCUGACGCAAGCCCUGAGCCACGGAACGCCUCCCAACGAGGGCCACGCCCACUCACAGACACAGUACUGCGAGCUCCGCUCCUCCCUCGCGGUGCUCUCCCCUCACGUGGUUCUGAAGCUCCGCUUCCCCAUCCCGGACCUCCGCCCCCCGCCCCAGCGCCGGCCCCCCGGGCUGCGGGCCAUCCGAAACGAGACGCUGAGCCUGGAGCUGUCCCACCUGGAGCUCCGCUCGCAGCACGGGCCCGACCCCCAGCUCGAGGGGGCAGGGGACCCCCACAUGACCCAGCUCUUUGAGGCUUGCUUCAGUAAUCUCCAAGGAGUCUAUGAGGGCUGGGAGGGGGGGUCUUUCCCCUGUAUACGAAUCCUGAAGAAUCCAGACUCCCACCGUCCAGACAGCAUGCCCAGGAUCUCCGUGCGGGUCAGCGAUGGCGGUGGUGCCGGCGGCGACCGCAGGGCGGGGCCCAGGCUGGGUUUGGACAGGGACCUGGGCUCCAUGUCCCUGGAGAGCCCCUGUGAGCUGAGGGAGCGGGAGAGCUCCCCCUUCUCCUCCAACCGCACCAUGUUCGAGACCGAGGAGAUGGUGAUCCCAGCUGAUCCUCUGGAGAUGAAGGAGUUUCAGGCUCAAUGUGUGUCUCAGUGCCAGUGUGUGGUGGACAUCGUUCUGCCCCUGGCUGUCAUACUACUGCCCAGCAAGGAAGCCUACCAGAGUGUGUACAACAGGAUCAAUAAUGACCUCCUGAUGUGGGAGCCCCAGCCCGCGGCCCCCGCCGGCUCCAAGGGGCCCCACAGCCCCCCUCGCCGCCCGCCCUGGUCCCAGGACGAUGACUUUCGGCUCUGCAAGUCAGCCUUCAGAUUGGACUCUGACUCGGAGGAGGAGGAGCCCUAUCACACAGCCGACGAAUCAGCAAAGCAGCGUGGAGGGGAGCCCCGCCCAGGACUCACCCAGAGUCUCCUGUCUUUGACCAUCCAUGUGGGCAAGGGCCGUCUCCAGGCCAUGACUGACAGCAAGGGGGAGACAGGGCGGAAGGUGGAGAACUGUCAUGGAGAAAUAGUACUGGACGUAGAAGGAGGGAAGAUUUUCAGUGUGACACAGUAUCAGGGUAACCCCAACCUCAACUUCCUGUGUCUGGAGAGCAAGAAAGUGGAGCUUUACCACAGAGCGGCUGUUCCAGACUCUCCCAUCCCGACCCAGUUGGAGGUGCCCAGCUUUACUCCACCCGAACACCUGGACCCUACCAUUUAUCCCACAGAGGUGGGGGUGAGCAGUGUCGGAGGUCGGGAGGAUGGUGCUCAAAUGCUCUCAACUGCCAUCAAAAUAACACUGGACCUCCAGAAGAAUGUGAAGGAGUUCCUGGUUGCUCUUCGUCUCCAGGGUGCCACCUUGCGGCAUCAUAUGGCAUUAACCAAUCAUAGCUGGCAUGAACAGCUGGUGGAUUUUCUGGAUGUGAUCGAUGACCCCAUCCUUGGCUACACGGCCCCUGUGGUUAUCACUGUCCUGCACACACACCUGGCGAGCUGCGCAGUCGACUACAGGCCCCUCUAUCUCCCUUUGCGAGUGCUCUUCACGGCAGAGUCCUUCUCUCUCUCCAGCAACAUAAUCGUGGACACCGCAACCUUCCACCUCAGGUUCAUCCUGGACGACUCUGCGCUGUACCUGUCCGAUAAGUGUGAGAGCGACGUGGUGGACCUGCGACGAGAUUAUGUGUGUGUGGUGGACAUUGAUUUGCUGGAGCUGGCCAUCACCACCUGGAAAGGCAGUGACUCAGGAAAACUGACCCAGCCCCUGUUUGAGCUGCGUUGCUCCAAUAAUGUGGUCCACCUGCACACCUGCGCAGACUCCUGCGCUGCUCUGCUCAACCUGCUGCAGUACCUGGUUGCCCGGGGCGACCUGCACCCGCCCCCUAGGCAGAGCUCUCCCACCGAGAUUGCAGGGCAGAAGCUACCGCUGUCGGAAAGUCCCGCCUCCCUCCCACCUUGCCUUCCUGCCGAGACGGCAGAGAUCAACCAAUACGACCUUACGGACGCCCUGAUUGACACGGAGCGGAUCCAGCGGGACGAGGACGUGGACUCGGGCUGUCCAACGUCAGUCCAGCGCGCCUCGCCCGUCUCAGUCUACCUGUUCCCCGGAGAGGCCCCCAAGCUCCGCCCCCCAGAGGAAGGGGAGGAGCCUGAGCUGGACAGGCUGGUUUCGGCAGCUCAGGAGGCACAGCCGGACCUGGGGUCUGAAGAGGAGUCGGAGGGGUCCACCGACAACGACGACUUCUGUAUCCUGGAAGCUCCUGGGAUAGGCAUCCCUCCCAAAGACGGGGAGCCCGUGGUGACUGUGCUGUGUCCCGGGCCCAUCCUGGUCAGGGAUGGGUACUUCUCCCGCCCGCGGGGCAGUUCGGACCUGCUGCGCGCCCCGUCCCGCUUCCCUGUGCCCCAGAGCCGGGUCGUCCUCCGGGAGGUGUCCGUGGUGUGGCACCUCUACGGGGGCAAGGACUUUGGGGGCAGGCCUGUCUCCGGCCAUGGCCAGCACAGCCACAGGGGCCGCUCUGCUCCUCCAGGGGCCCGUGGCUCCCCUUCCCGCUCGGCGGCUCCUCCCCGACCCCAGAACUCCUGGCGCUGGGCGGGAGGGAGCGGCCGGCAGCACAGCCUGCUCAUGGAGAUCCAGCUGACUAAGGUCAGUUUCCAGCACGAGUCAUACCCGCUGUCGGUGUCCACGGCGGCGGCGGGGCAGGACGCGGAGGCGGGCGGGGUCGGGGAGCAGCCGCUCUUCCGCCAGGUGUUCAUCGUGCAGGAGCUGGAGGUGCGGGACAGGCUGGCCUCCUCCCAGAUCAACAAGUUCCUGUACCUGUACACCAGUGAGAGCAUGCCGCGGCGGGCCCACUCCAACAUGCUGACAGUGAAGGCUCUGCAGGUGUGUCCUGAGUCAGGCCUGGGGGGUCCAGAGUGCUGCCUGAGAGUCAGUCUUCUGCCGCUGAGACUCAACAUCGACCAGGAUGCCCUUUUCUUCCUCAAAGACUUUUUCAGCAGCCUGGCCGGUGGUGUCACCCCAUACCUGCCUGUCGACCCGGCAAGCGAAGUGAAAGCUGAUAUUUCCCAGAAGCCCUCUGGGGAGGUGGAGCCUGGGGCCAGUUUAGGGCCUGACCUCAGCGCUUCCAUGGAAACCACUGUCAGUGAACAGAGCUCCUCCUCUGCUGGCUCCUCCUCUUCCACCGAUCAGCCAAUUUACUUCAGGGAGUUUCGCUUCACCUCUGAAGUACCCAUCUGGCUGGAUUAUCAAGGCAAGCAUGUCGUCAUUGAACAGGGCACCUUUGCAGGGAUCCUGAUUGGUCUGGCUCAGCUCAACUGCUCCGAGCUCAAACUGAAGAGGCUGUGCUGCCGACACGGAUUGUUGGGCGUGGACAAGGUCAUUCAGUACGCCAUCAACGAGUGGCUGACUGACAUCCGCAAGAACCAGCUGCCGGGAAUUCUGGGAGGAGUGGGCCCCAUGCACUCUGUGGUGCAGCUCUUCCACGGCGUGAGGGACCUGUUCUGGAUGCCCAUCGAGCAGUACAGGCGAGACGGGCGCAUUAUCCGCGGCCUCCAGCGGGGGGCGGCGUCCUUCGGCACGUCCACGGCCUCCGCCGCCCUAGAGCUCAGCAACAGGCUGGUUCAGGCCAUACAGGCCACGGCGGAGACCGUGUACGACAUCCUGUCUCCGACGCCCCCCCUGACGCGCUGCGUCACCGAGGGCCGCCCCGCCUCCCGCCCGCGCCGCGCCCCCCAGCCUGCCGACCUCAGGGAGGGCGUGGCCAAGGCCUAUGACACCGUCAGAGAGGGAGUGAUUGACACGGCUCAGACCCUGUGCGACGUGGCGUCCCGCGGGCACGAGCAGAAGGGCCUGCCGGGGGCGGUGGGCGGGGUGCUGCGUCAGAUCCCCCCCACCGUGGUGCGCCCCCUCAUCGUCGCCUCGGAGGCCACCUCCAACCUGCUGGGAGGCAUGCGGAACCAGAUAAAGCCGGACGCCCGGAAGGAGGACUUCUUAAAGUGGCGCACCGAGGACAGCCAGGAGUGAAAGAUUUAGAAGUUGGAGAUGAAUGGGGGGCGGAGAAUGGGCAUGGGGGAUUAGGCGAAGCACACCAGCCCUGAGUUACAAGAGGGUAUGGGAAAGUGUGGGUGGGUACACAGAGUUCAAAUGCAAAAAAAAUAGAAGUUAAAUCCAACUGCCACCGCUCAUGGAAAUGCAGUGUUUUAAGUGGCUUUCAAAAUGUGCCCUCGUUCUCUUCCGCAUCCGACUGUAAGAGAACCCUCCCUUCAUAUAGAUGACAUCAUAUCAUUCUCACAAUGCACACCAAGCGAAGCCAUUUCAGUGAUACCGUUGUUAAAGGGCAACGUGCAGAGCUUGUUCUUAUGUCUCCAUUAGCGAUGAGAUGGUUGAUUAAACUCUUCCUCCCGUUUGCUCUCCCGGGGCAGCAAGCGAACAGUGCCGAGAGAAAGAAAUGACUUUUUGUAAAACCAGGGGCGAGGGGAGGGAGGAAGGAAUUCAGUGUGACGCAGUUAUGGUGGAAGGACUAGAGCGAAGUGGCCUUGCUUUUCGAUGUUAGCCGAGAGUAGGAAAGAUGUUUGUCGGUUUCACACUCACCCCAAUAUGCACCUGUGUACGUGUUGUGUCCUGUGCUGUGUAACCCCGCCUCCGACUUACCGCCGUUUGUGCCAUAAGCUCCUUCAGUAUGUAGGGAACACCUCAGUGCUUACUCACUGCUUCCGUCUUUUCUCUCUCCGCUCCCAUCCCUUCUUCCCUCUUUUCUCUCUCCGCUCCCAUCCCUUCUUCCCUCUUAACGACUUUACAUUUUCCAGCUUUUAAUCCCUGUUCCGUCCCUACAUCCUCUUUACUCGACCUGUAGGAGUCUCUGCAGCAUUGCUGCGGUAUUAACGUGACACAGACACAUCACAGAGAUGGGCUGUGAGCAUGUUGUGUGUCAUCCCUAUAUAAGAUGGCUGCUGGGCCCUUUCACUCCUGCAGUCUGCUGAUCUCUGUCCUUUGUAUACUUCUCUCCAGUACCUGCUUUGCUUUACUUUAUUAGUUGCCUUCAUGCGUUUUUUAAUUGUUUUUUUUUUCUAUCUUGUAAUUAUGAUUACCGAGUAUUAUUAUUAAUGUUUUCUUUUCUCUUUUUUUGCAUUCUUCUGUAUGGGAGUGUGUGUUCUUGGUGGAGGGUGAGGGAGGCGACGGGUUUACAGUUAACAACAUUUUACAUUUUUAUCCUUUGUUAAAUGAGCGUAAAGUGUAAGGGAAAUGUGUGUCGGUGCGUGCGCGUGGGUGAGCAUGCAUGUUUUUAAGGUUAGGUGCGUGUGCAUGUUGUUUGAGUGCGACUGGUUGGUUGAUUGAUUGUGUUUUUGGCGCUUCAGAGUGCGUUUGUGUAAUUACCAUUAUUACUAUAUCAUAUGCUGUAAGAACCAACUGUAUAAUACCUAGACAAUGAGUAAAAAAAAAUAUUAAUACAAAAAAAUAAAACUUGAAAAAAUGUAAAAACCCAUUAUAUGGCGUUGCUAGUUCAUAUUUUAUAUCUACACAUUAUAGCAGCAGAAGAAGACUGAUUUUAAGUUUUUAUUGGAGGGGGGAGUGUUUCUUGGGUCUUGAUUCUGUCCGAUUCUCCACUUGGCUGGCUUGGGGGAAAAAAUGUUAAGGGGGAGUAAAGAGGUGCAAUCAGGUCAUACAACAAAUCCACUGUUAAUCUGCAGUUAAUUGCGGUAAUGUGAGGCUAUAUAAACCCCUUUAUGAGUUCAGUGACUGCCUGAUGUAAAGUAAAGGAGUUGUGCCUCUGAUUACAGUAGCUAAUUACUUGUACAAGUAUUAUAACAAAAACUAAUUUUGUGAUUAUUACAGGCUGACUGAGUGCUAUCGCAGAAGGAAAAUGUAAAAAAAUAAAAAAAUAACUAAGAAACACUA